AUGGCGGAGGUCAUGAACAUGCCUGUCGACUCCCUCGACCGCCGCCGCGGCGACCGUAAGGAGAAAUCCGCUGAAGAUCCUCCCCAAUCCUCGUCUCCAUCGCGCCGGCGAGAAGGCACGACAGGGACGAGAGGAACCGGAGAGACGACAGGGACGCCGACUGCCCUCCCAGCCGCCGCGAAGAUUAUCACGAUCGCGGCAACCGAUCUCCGCCUUCGCCGCCGCUCAGGGAGAGGGAGAGGGACCAGGAUUACAAGCGGCGGAGCAGCCUCAGCCCGCCCCCGCCGCCGUAUCGGGACCGCAGGCACUCGUCGCCCCGCCGCUCGCCUCCGCCACCGUAUAAGCGGUCGAGGAGGGACGAUGGAGGGAAUGAUGGGAGGAGGAGUCCUAGAGGAGGGUUUGGACCUGGCGAUAGAAGAAUGGGAUUCAGGCCGCAGUGCUUUUGGCGAUUGUUCUGGUGUGGGGACUAAUCAAAGGGAAGGUUUAAUGUCAUACAAGCAAUUCAUUCAGGAGCUUGAAGAUGAUAUCCCGUUGUCAAUCCGACAUCAAUGGUUUCUUACUUGUGCUGUAUAUGCAGAAAACGUCACAUACUCGACCUUUUGCAGGUACAGCUUUCUAGACAAGUCAGUGGGCAUUUCAACCUUGUUUGAGAUUACUAAUGAUUCCUUGGUGGAUCCCACGUCCCAAAUUGUUCAAAUGCGCAUCCCACUUAGUAUUCCUGGUCUUGAAGGUUUGAUGAUUCCCAUUAACAGUCGUGGACAUAUUUUGAAAUUAGUUGGGGAAAAAACUGCUCUUGUACGAUGGGAGGUUCUCUUGCAUCAUCAACGGAAUGCAUCUCAAAGGUCAAUAGUUGCUUUGCUGGAGGAGAUGACCUUUUUGUUGGAGCAUUUUGUCAAGAUAGAUUAUUUACUUAACCAUUUCAUUUGGCUAGACGUUUUGGAUACUUUGAUAUCUCUAGCUAUUUCUUUGUAUUCUUUACUUGUUUUUAAUGUUAAAGUUGUGGAAAAAUGGUGUGAUUUGUGUUGUAAACAUCUUAUUGCCAACUUUGUAGAUACUGAUAACAAUUAUUACAUUGAAUCUUUUUAUGUUUUAAUUUGA